AUGGCCACCCCACCAUUCUGGCUGAAGAUGUUUCUCUUGAAGAAGGGCAAAUGGAUGGGGCUUGCUUGUCUCUGGUCACUGGUAGUUUCCUCUCCCAUGAUUAACAAAAAUAAAGUCAUCCACAGGUUGCAGGAAGAAAAGGCCUUUCAGGAUGAGACGAAAAUUUUCCAUGAGAAAAGAGAAGAUUUCAUGGAAGAGAAGUGGGCUUUCCGAGGCAAGAUCUUGGGCUUUUCAAAAGAGGAGAGACCUUGCUGGGAAGAAGAGGAAACCUGGAAACAGGAAAAAGCUUUCUGGGAAAUGGAAAAAUCUUUCUGGGAAGAAGAGAAAGCAUUUUGGAGAAAAUACCACACCUUCUUGAAGGAAGAUGGGGCUUUCUGGAAAGAGGAAAAUGCCCUAUGGGCAAGAGACCAGAACCUUCUCCUGGAGGUCAAGGCCCUGUGGGAGACAGAAAAAGCCCUGUGGAUAAUAAAACUUGUGAUCAAUCAUCAAGACCUGCCAGUUAAGAUCCCUAGGGAGAGGCGGCAGCGCGCGCGGCGGAAAGCGGAGCGCGGCCUGUGA